AGGCCCAUUAAGCCACAAUCAAAUUAUUUAUUUUAUCAGACACCACUAUUCGCAAUCGAGCUUCGUCGCGUGAUUCAUUCCACCAAGCCAAGUGUGAAAGAUGAAGACGAUGGCACUGCGAUCCUUAUUCCGAUCACUCAACUCCAGAUCUUACACUCUCGCCGCCGCCGCCGCUGCAUCCACCAACCGCCACCGCACCCUCCAGACCCUUUCUUCUUCUCAUCCCCUUCCUUCACCCUCAGAAUGCAGGUCUCCUUUCUCAAUGGGCUUAGGAAGCAUGAGAUUUUACAGUCAAGAUGUGAGCCACAUGCCUGAUAUUAAAGACUCUGACCUUUACAAUGCUUUCAAGGAUUUGAUGGCUGAAAACUGGAGUGACCUUUCUGAUUCUCUCGUUAAUGAUGUUAAGAGUGCCUUGUCUAAGAGCACCGACGACAAAACUGGCAAAGAGGCAGUGGAAAACAUGUUCCGAGCGGCUCAAGCUGUUGAGGAGUUUGGUGGGAUGCUUACCUCCCUGAAAAUGGAAAUUGAUGACACUGUUGGAAUGAGUGGCGAGAAUAUAAAGCCUUUGCCUGAUCAUAUGGCAAAUGCUCUGCGCGUCAUCUUUGAUCGCUAUACCACCUAUUUGAAUUCUUUUGGGCCUGAGGAGACCUAUCUGCAGAAGAAGGUGGAGACAGAGCUGGGCUCAAAGAUGAUACACUUGAAAAUGAGAUGCAGUGGCCUUGGUUCUGAGUGGGGAAAGGUUACGGUUCUUGGAACUUCUGGGCUUGCAGGUUCAUAUGUGGAUCAAAGAGCAUAGAAGAAAUACUUUAGAAACAAAAGAGUGUAAUUGUUUGUUCGUGUUUCACAUCAUGCUUUUGAUGCUUGUAGACCCUUUGAUUUGUUGUCACUUUUUUGUUGCCAAGCGUUUGAUGGCAUGGAAAUAAUAGCACUCUAGCUUUGCUAACUGAGAUAAUUCUUAACAGUGUUUUCUUGCAUUUUCAAUGUCACCUUUCCAUGAGCUAAGAAUGCUGACGAAGUUUUAAGCA